CAGGUACCAAAUAGACAGCCAAGGCAGGGUCGAGCACCCAGAAAGUCAGUCAACAAAACACUCUGAAGGGAAGAGACAAAGUGCUCCGGCUCCAUCGUGGCAGCCAUGAAGCUAGUCCCUGGUGACAUUGCAAAACGACUGGAAGAAAUGGUGCUGUUGACAGCUCAGAACCUGCCCCAGAUGGAGGUGGCUACUAGUUACACUAUCCUCCGAGAACUGGGUAGUGGCUCCUUUGGACAUGUGCUGAUGGCAGUUCACCAGCAACAAGGGACGCCAAUGGCACUGAAAUUUGUACACAAGAAGGAUACAGAAUUACAAGAUUUCAUGAAUGAAUACUGCAUUGCGCUGACCCUGGGGGCCCAUCCCUGCAUUGCCACUGCCCUUGGGAUUACUUUCCAGACCCUCCAUCACUACGUCUUUGCACAGGAGUUGGCUUUGUCCGGUGACCUCUUCUCUCUCAUGGUGCCACAGGUUGGUGUGCCUGAGCAGCAGGUCAAGCGCUGUGCCCUCCAGCUUGCCAGUGCCCUGGAGUACAUGGAAACUAAGGGGCUGGUUCACCGUGACAUCAAGCCAGAGAAUGUGCUGCUUUGUGAUCCUUCAUGCCGGCGCAUCAAACUAACCGACUUUGGGCUGAGCUGCCCACAAGGCCGGGCCAUUGAGGCUUUGCCUGAGAGCUUGCCCUACACCGCCCCCGAGCUGUGUGUCCUGGGCCCCAAUGCUUAUUUGGAGGCCCAGCCCAGCCUUGAUACGUGGGCUCUGGGAGUACUACUCUUCUGUGUGCUCACUGGCUACUUCCCCUGGCUCACCGCUGUGAACGCUGACCGGUAUUACCGCAACUUUGUCUGCUGGCAUCGCAGCCCCCGCUUUUCCCCACGGCCACCCCAUUGGGGGCGUUUCACUCCCCACUUGUUGGAGAUGCUGCAGGGGCUGUUGAUGCCCAACCCGGCUCAGCGUAGCCCUGCCAAUGAGGUGAUGAAUUAUAUCAAGUUACCUUGGUUGCUGCCAGAGGGCCAGAGCCGCCCCCGGCCCCGGCCCAGCAGAGAACUUCUUGGCACCAGCCGGCGGUGCUAACCAUCCAGGCCACCAGUGUGAAAGAGGGAUGGCAUCAAUCCCAAAUCUAGCUGUAGCUGUUGAGGGACCAAAGAUCCCCCAUCACCAAACCACGACACCUCAGUGUUCCUGGGAGCAAGGAGAAAUUGCUGCAUAAAAGCUAUGGAAACAGAAACAGUGACUGUCGCCCUAAGAAAACAGAGCAGGCUGUCAGCAGGACAGGGAAAGAAAAACUGAACUCAGGGAGCUAUUCCCCUUCCCUCAUAUGUGACUUAAUCUUAUGAGGGUUAUUCUCCAGUCCUCUGUCCUGUUUCUGGAUCAGAAAUUCAAAAGGCUUCAUUUCAAUCUCUCCAUGGUCAAUAACUGGCUCUUCUUUUUUUAAUGGAAAGGAGCAAAAUGGACUUACAUUUAAUAGGCAACAAAACCUUAGUAUCUCCUCUCAUCCAUCCUGAAUCAGACCAAAUAGGGGUUGACUAUAAUUGUGUGUGACUUGAAUAGGUUGGAAAUGAGUGGCCCUGCUUUUUUCAACUCUAGAACAACGGUCAGACUUCCAAAACUUCUUCUGUAUGGUUGUGAAUCACGGUGUCCCAUUAUUCACAAAAUCUGCUGAUUUCAUCAUGGAUAUUGCUGAGCAGUUAUGCUACUCUUUGUCCAGAGCCACGAUGGAUGGAAUGUCUCUUGACUACAACGGUUAUAUCCAACUUCAGGAUGAGAGAGGAUGGCAGAGAAAUGCUGCAAGGAGCAGUUUGUUUAUGGGCUGCCCAAGCUGCCAAGGGGUUUCUGGAGACGAUAAAGUUGAUUUGGUGUCUAGAAUUGAUGUUGUUGUGAGUCCAACACUGCCUGCCUAUGUGCUUACCUUAUUUGCUGCUGUUAAUACCCACUCGCCGUGUACAUUUGUAAAUAAACAGAUUCUACAACA